CGGUGUUUUACUUUGUUUUACAUUUUUCGAGAAGUUGUUAAAGAAAUUAUCAGUGCUUUAAUUCAGUCAAAAAAAAUAAAAACUGUAAAGGAUAAAACAUGAAUUGGUACAAAGGUAACAUUGCAGAGGCAGUGGCAGAAUCAAAGGCCAAAAAUGCUAUUUUUGUUGUUUAUGUCGAAGGUAAAGAUGAAUCAACACAAAAACUUUCAAACUUUAUUAAUGCUCAGAAAAUACGAGAAAAAUUGGAAUCUGAUGAUUUUGUCGCCAUAAAAAUCGAAAGUGAUAGCCAAGCGUACAUGCAGUUUGCAACAAUAUAUCAAGUAGUUCCGGUACCAUCAAUUUUCUUCAUUGGCAAGACUGGUACUCCGCUCGAAAUAGGCACUGGCAUAAUUGCUUCGAUUGGUGAACUGGAAGAGAAAAUUAAUAAAGUACUUACAUUGUCCGGUCAUAGCACACCCUCUACCCAGUCAUCGGCUACUUUCAUUACGGCCGAGCAAAAUGCCGCUGCUUCUAAAUUGACUGCCCAAAAAGAGUCAAAGGACACACUUUCAGCAGACAAGACUCCCCCCUCCACAAGCAAGUCAACAACAGAAAGAGUUUCUGCCGUCAAGCCGGAUGACCAGACUGAAAUUGUUUGUGACGGCGACGUCUGCUACAAGAAACCAAAAGAGGAAAAGGAAGACAUUGUUCCGGCUGAUGAAAAACCUCAAUGCUCAACUAAUCAGGGAGAGAAUCAAAAUGAAGUUGACGCAAAAGCACAAAUGGAAGAAGCCAGAAAAAAGAUGGAAGAACAGAGGAGGAAGCGCAUUGAAGAAGAGAAACAACUAGAGAAAGAGCGUGAGUUGAGGCGCCGACGUGAGGGAAAGGAAAUGCAAAGUUUACAAGAAUGGCAGCGCGGACAAGAAUUGAAAGAACUAAAGGAAAAUAUUCGACGUGAAAAACUCGAAGAAAUGGCUGCUCGUGAAAGAAUACGAGCACAAAUUGCUGCUGAUCGUGCCGAACGUGCGCAAAAGUUUUCGACGCCUCGUGAUGAGUCAGGCGCUGCAACAAGUUCAGAAUUGGGAACUAAAAGUGGUGGUGGCUCGAUUGUAAACCCAGUUACCCCAGACAGCACUAGAAUACAGUUUCGUUUUGCGAGUGGUAGUACCGCUGCACAUGUGUUUAAUGUCCAAGACACACUUGGCAAAUUACGCGAAUAUGUGCGCACAGACUUACUACCUGGAACCGGUAUAAAAGAUUUCACUUUAGCUACAACAUACCCUAAACGGGAACUUAAUAUUGAACAUGAUGAACAAUCCCUGACCGAACUUAGUCUUUUUCCUAGUGCUGUUAUAUUGAUCAUCGGGAAAGAGAGUACAAGUAGUCCAGCAGCUAUCAUAGCUCGUUCCGGUGGACUUCUAAAUAUUUUUACUACGCUGGUGAUGGCUAUACUUUCUCCAGUUUUUUCUGUUUUUGGAUAUUUGAAAAAUUUUGCUACCGGUGGAGGUCAAAAAAAUAACAAUGAGUCUGGUGCAAACAAGCGAGCAAAUGAGGAAGCUGGAGCACAACAUGAUGCUGCAAAACGUCGUAAUAUGGAACGAUUUGGAGGUGGUGUUGCUACCGGAUCGAUAUUGGGUAAUAAUGCAAGCAGCUCGGACGAUACCGAAAAAGGCGAAUCGAAACCUUAUCGUCGUUAUGGUAGCUCAAAUAUUCAUCGCUUGACAGAUCACAAGGAUUCAGAUGAUGAAAAUGCCACCUGGAAUGGGAAUUCCACGCAGCAACAGUAGUUAGUUUAACGUAACGUAGACUAGAAUAUAACUCAUAAUUUAAAAAUACAUAUACAUAGUUUCCUUUCAAAUAAAAUUUAAAGGCAAAGAA